AUGUCGUCUACCAGCAACGCCUCUAUUGACAAGUUCAGCGGAGACAAUUACGCAACGUGGAGCCGGUACAUGCGCGGUGUGUUUUUGACGAAGUCCGUCUGGCACGUCGUCAACCGUGAAGUGACUCCGACUUUCACCGACCCGCGAGCGUCCGAUGACUACGUCAAGGCAAGCAACGUCGCGUUUGGUAUGAUGCUGCUGCACAUGAACGCGGACUACCAUCAUGUGCUGGACAACUGCGAGGAAGCCUGGGUUGCGUGGACAAGUCUGAAGACGCUGUACGGUGGGUCGCAAAAGGCAGGACGCAUCUAA